AUGGCCUCCUCCUCCAAGACCUUCACGCGCGAGGAGGUGCGCGAGCACACCACCGACGACUCCCUCUGGUGCAUCAUCGACAGCACCGUCUACGACCUCACCGACUUCGUCGACGCCCAUCCCGGCGGCGAGUCCGUCCUCCGCCAGGUCGCCGGCCAGGAUGCCACCACGGCCUUCUACAACCUCCAUCGUCACGAGGUCCUCUCCAAGUACGCCAGCCUCGCCAUCGGUUCCGUCCAGGGCGAGCAGGCCCAGGUCAUCACCCCGCUGCCCGGCGACCUCAGUCCCGUUCCCUACGCCGAACCCCUGUGGCUCUCCUCGCACUUCAAAUCGCCCUACUACAAGGACUCCCAUCGUCGUCUGCAGAAAGCCAUCCGCCACUUCACCGACAGGUACCUCACCCCGGAGGCGCAAGAGUGCGAGUCGACGGGCCGCCACAUCAGCCAGGAGAUGAUUGACCACAUGAGCCGCCUCGGCAUCCUGCACAUGCGGCUCGGUCCCGGCAAGCACCUGCACGGCGUCAACCUCCUCGAUGGCGCCGUCGACGGUCAAGAGUUUGACUACUUCCACGACCUCAUCGUCUCCCAGGAACUGUCGAGGACCAUGACGAGGGGCUUCCAGGACGGCAACAUGGCCGGCAUGACCAUCGGCCUCACCGCCGUCCUCAACUUCGCCCGGGACCAGUCCUGGAAGAAGAAGAUUGCCGACGAGGUGUUCAGCGGGAGGAAGAAGCUGUGUCUCGCCAUCACCGAGGCCUUUGCCGGCUCCGACGUCGCGGGCCUCCGGACGACGGCCGAGAAGACGGCGGAUGGCAAGCACUACAUCGUCAACGGCACCAAGAAGUGGAUCACCAACGCCACGUGGUGCGACUACUUCGUCACCGGCGUCCGCACCGGCAAGGGCCUCAGCGUUCUGCUCAUUCCCCGAGGCGAGGGCGUCGAGACAAAGGCCAUCAAGACCUCCUACUCUCCCGCCGCAGGCACCGGCUACAUCACCUUUGACAACGUCAAGGUGCCGGUCGAGAAUCUCCUCGGCGAGGAGAACAAGGGCAUCCACGUCAUUCUCAGCAACUUCAACCACGAGCGGUGGACCAUGGCCUGCGGUAGCGUCCGCAUCUCCAGGACCAUCGUCGAGGAAUGUCUCAAGUGGGCAAACCAGCGCCUCGUCUUCGGCAAGCGCCUCAUCGACCAACCCGUCAUCAGGCUCAAGCUCGCCAAGAUGAUCUCUCUCGUGGAGGCCAACCAGUCCUGGCUCGAGACCGUCACCUACCAGAUGUGCCACAUGCCCUACAAGCAACAAGCGCAGCACCUCGCCGGUCCCAUCGGCCUGCUCAAGAUGAGCUGCACCCGGGCCGCCCACGAAAUUGCCGACGAGGCUGUCCAAAUCUGGGGCGGCCGCGGCCUGACCCAGACCGGCAUGGGAAAGCACAUCGAGAUGUUCAACAGGACGUACAAGUUUGAUGCUAUCCUCGGCGGCGCCGAGGAAGUCUUGGGUGAUCUCGGUGUGCGGCAGGCGAUGAGGAAUUUUCCCAAGGCCAUGCUCUAG